UGAAAGAGAGAGAAAUGAAAACAUCUGAGGCACCUGAUAGUGUUAUGCCUUUAGAGAAUGAAGAUGAUGAUAAUGAUGUGUCCUCAAAGACACUUGAUGCGCUGUUGAAAGAAUUACCCCCUUGGCGUAGAAAAAGAGGUACCGUCCAGUCUUUGCCAAAGCAGUUAAAGCCUUCAGAAACGGUGAUAGUGGGUUAUGUCAACGGCAGACCCAUAUCAGCCUCUGACAGAAGUCUACGCCGUAGGUCAAGUAAUAGCACUACAUCAUCCAAUAAAUCCCCUGUGACAUCUCGUCAGAAUGUAGCCAACAAAACUUCAGUUGAUUCAACCGCUGACAAAAAUUUGGAGAAAUCCCCACCUGAAACACAAGAACCUGUAAAAUCAAUUGAGACUACUCCUAUGAUUGAGCAAUUGACAGAACCACCUUCUGAACCUCCAUCAAGCCCAACAUCUAAAGUUUCCUCAAGGACCAAACAGAUCCUGAAACAAAAGCGAUUUCAAAGAGAUCAGGACAGUUUGCCUGGCCUCUCUGAUCAGCCUGUUGAUCCUACUCAGAGUGCAGAGUCCACUCAGCAACAUACAUCAGCCAGCCUGAAGCCAGAUGAAAGUCCAGUAUUGCUACCAAGUUCGAAUGCUGUCACUUCCAUUUCAUGUCCAAAACCACCUGAUACCAAUGUGACUUCUUCUGCAGAGCAGCUCCCCUCCCUCCCACUUAAUGUUUCACCUCAUGGUACUUCUGUGAUUGGGUCAUCUCCUCCUGCAGCCUAUGAACAGCCCCAACAGAACACAGUCCCAGAGACAACUGUGCAAAACAUUGGAAAAUCUCCACCAAUAGAGACGACUUCUGAAGAAAUACAAAAAAACGAAGUUGAAAGUACAUUGCAGGCUAAACAGAAACUAAGGUCUGCAAAGGCUUUAACUGACAAUAAGAAUGAGAAACAGCAACUUAGUGGUGAGGUCUCAAGUCCAUCAGCAAAUCAGACUCCUGUAAAGACUGAAAUGCAAGCACAGAUUAUGCCAUUAAGAAGUAAACGAGUUCUCCGAAGGGAGACUGAGGCAAGUGUUGUUACUUUGCCACAGAAGCUAAAUGUAGCAUCUUUAGAAGACUGGUCUACAAGUGGAAAUGACAGCAGUACUUCUGUAUCAGAAAAACCCACCAGGAUGCCAUUAAGGAGUGAAAGCAUUAAGACCGAAAAUUUGCAUCAGUCUGUUACUCAGUCACCACCAGUACAUAAUAGGAAAUUACCUUUGAGAUCACAGAGAUUGGCUGCACCUUCUACCAGUGCCCUUACUUUAACUGGAAGACAGAGUGAUGUAGCUUCACCCGUUAGAAUAAUGCCAGAAAGAAUAACUAAAACUCAGGUGAGACCCGUUCCAGUGUCUGUUGUAUCUGUGUUGCCCCAGAGCUCAGCCAUCCCUGAGCCCCCAAGGCCUGAGCCCCCAAAACAAAAUGCUAACAAAUUCUAUGAGACUCUAACUGGAGAGGAAAGCCAGCAUCUAAUUACAAAUCUGAACAUUAAGUAUGAUAAAAUGCAAAAAGGUUGGGUACAAAUGGACAAAGAAGGUCAGCCGGCAACAAAAUACAAAAGCAAAGCUGACAGACAAGCAGCUAUAUGGAAGAGUAAACGCAGAAUGCGAAAAUCAAAGUCUUCAGAGCACCAGAAAUACUCACCAGUCCAAAUGCUCUUUAUGAAAGGUUUUAAUCUUACCAGUAUUUGCCGUUGGUUCCUCGAAUCAACAGAAACAAAGUCCCUUGUCAUUGUGAAGAAGGUGAAUACACGUCUUCCGUCAGAAACUCAGCUGUGCUUCCACAGCUCGUCUAGUGCUUCAGGGACAUCUCAGGGGGUAUUUCCAAGCCUACAGGCAGAGCGCUUAAAGAAACAUUUGAAAAAGUUUGCCAUUGCCUCUCCUGUAAAGAGCAACCCCAAAAGUCAGAAACUGAUUUUUUUUUUCAGUACUACUCAGACUAAGUCACAUGCUGCCCGAGCAUGUGGGCAAACGGGUGAAUCCCAAAAAUCCUCUGGUAAAUCAAGUAAUCCAGCUAGUGCAAGGAUCUUAAGGAAAUACUCUAAUAUCAGAGAGAAGAUGCAAGUUCAGCAAACCAAUGUUAGACUGAAAAAGGCCCCAAAAACCUUAAAAACCAACAAUAUAAAAAGACUGGCCACCACAAAAGCUGCUGCUAAGUCAAGACUGAAAUCCUCUCUGAAAGCACAGAAAUCACCCCUACCUGUCAGUAAACGAAUGAAACGGCCUGCAGCAAAAAUUGAAAGAAGUAAAACAUUGGCUGGCAAAAAAACUAUGAAGCGUCCUCUUCAAGAGAGGGCAGUCAAGGCUCACAGCAGUAGCAGAACUUCAAGAGAUGCAACAAAAAGAAAAUUGCCAAAGAGAUGUUCUCAACGGCUAGGGUCUCCUAAAAUAUCUGAAUGCAAUCCUGGUGACACAUCUAAAAGUAAGGUUGACAACAAAAAACAAAAUCAAGCAGAGAAAACAGAGGUGGAAAAACCUGUUGUGAAUAAAAUGAAUGGCUCAAAGGUCCAAGCAAAGGAAUCAUCACGAAGUACACUUGUGGAAAUCAAAGGUACUGAGAAUGCCGUUGAAACCCCACAGCAGAUCUCUGACGUCAAGGUUCCAACCUCACCCGACCAGGUACUAACAAGAUCCCAAAGAAAAAUAGAGGCAGCAAUCCCUUCGAGUGGAAGCCCCAGUCAUGUUUCAAAGAGGGCCAAAAAGUCCAUGACAACACAAAAUGCAUCUCCUAAAACAGUCAGGAAAGCUGAGGAACCCACGCUGACCAGAAGUGGGGCUUUAAAGUCCCCUGCAAAGAGAAGUCAGGCAGCCUUGUUGCCACGCACUGCAAUGAAGAGAGCUCAGGAGCUUUUGGAGACCCCAGCUAAGCGCACCAGGACAUCGGUCUCAAAAUAAACUGGACCUGCAGAGAGAGAUCAUCUUUAUUUAGAUGAUUUUGACAUUUUGUUCUAUCUGGAAUACAGUCAGGUGGAGCGGAAGUAUCUAUUUUUUACUCUCGCCAAACUCUUCGGAGGAUACCUUUUUCAGUGGGCAAAUAUGUGAAGAAGGAUGGCAUUUUGAAGUUAAUUUAUGCUUUUGUAAAGCUUUGAUGUGACAAUGCAAAUGUGAUGGAUUAUUUGUUGAGCAUUUGCUCCGUGUUCAGGGACUACAGACAAGUCCUACAUGAUGUCUAGCUGAUGUAGUUGCUGUGUGGCUUUAUGUUUCAGCACUCGGCGAGACGGCUGGAGAUAACAGCUUAUCAAACCUCUUUUUAAAUGUUGGGGUUAUGGUAAGUGGGGGUGAUGUCCUUACUGAGGUAACAUUAAAUUCAUUCACCACCCUCUUGUUUCUCUUUGCCCAUUUGUAUAUAACAUUGUUUUAGAUGAUAGCAUGCACUGUAUUUACUGUUCAGAGAGCUUGAUAUGAGAAGGGAGAUCAGUUUUUGAGCAUUUUUACUUGCAGUAAGAAGGCAGUUUAUAUCUCCAGCCUGUCUUCCAAUCACAACAUUGAGUAUGGGACUGUUGUGACCAGGUGCCUUAUUAAUGAAGUGUAAAGUAAUAGAAUUUGUUGCUAAAUGUGAAAACGUCUGUCCACAGCUUUCAAUUUCUGAAGAGAUGGUCAGCAUUCAUUUGCUUCAUGGUCUAUAUGCAUAUUGUUUUCGUUCCAUACAGUAUGUGCUUCUUGCUUCAUUUGUAAAAUCAAAUGUUGAUGGAGCCAUUCAGGUGUUCCAAAUUACUCUUAACUGGUUUUACCUCUUAGCUGUUUUUUUAUGCCCAUUUCCAAAAGCAUUAACAUAAAGUUGUUAUAGUGGUAUUAUAUGUUAAAGCAAAUACAAGUCUGAAUUGCUAAAACAAAAGACAGGCCUGCUUUGUACGUGUCAUGGCAACUCUGUACGUUUAUGUUUAGGUCCGUUUUCAUUACCUUUGCAGUCCAUUCUGGUCAUUGCACCUGUUGUCUGCUUAUAAUAGUGGCUUCACUUAGUGUUUUACCCUCUUCUGUAUGUAUUAAGUCUUGUUGGUAUGGAGGCAGAUUUUGGUAACUCUUGCAGUAGAGCCGUUUCCUUCCUACAACUGAAAACCAGAACUAUAUUUAUGCCCCUGAUUGUUGAAAAUAUUAAACCAAUUUAAGACUAUGUAUGCACAGUUAAGCCUGUAUUGAAAACCCAUUUGAGAUGAUUUUGGGGUAUUGGUUUACAAAGGACUGAAAGUUGUAUUUGGUUGAUUAAGGCCUCCUUAGCAUUAAUUCAUAUUACAGGGUGAUAAAUUCCUUCCCUUGAUUAUUUACAAAUUGCAUGUGAAAUUUUUGGGGUAGUUUAGCCACACUUCAGAAUUGUGCAUUCAAUUAAAUGUACAGGUUUUAUGUUUUUGUAUUAUCAUCGACUGUCAGGCAGAUGUUCUCAUAAUGUGAUGUUUCUUUACUUCCACAGUAGUAACUUACAUUAGUGUAUUGUCAAUGGAAAAAUACCAGUUUUAGCAGUCUUUUUUUUUUUUAUUAUGGUAAUUUUUCAUCUUUAGAGGGCAAAUCAUCUGCAAAUUCAAAACAUGCCCAUCCUGUUUUUAUUGUUAUUUAAGAACUCCAUGUAGGAUAAUUAAUUUGGCAAAUCUGAACAGCCCACCAAAUAUCAGACUUGAACAUGUUUAUUCUUUACAGUUACUAUUUAAAGAAUUUGAUUUUGUAUAUUAGAAAUAACAGCUUUAUUUGUGGUAAUCCCAAGAAUGACACAUCUAUGUUAAAAACAUUGUAUUUUUG